AUCAAGGCUGUGUGUUGUCCUGACGGGAAUUCCGUUGUCUCCUCUUCUCGAGAUAAAACCGCACGCCUGUGGUCUAGAGCAGGCGAAAAAGCUUUUACCGAGAACAAAAUUUUUCUAGGGCAUGAUAAUUUUGUAAAUUCUGUUGCGUACUUGCCUCCUACAGCAGACCACCCUGCAGGUCUUGUAAUUAGUGGUAGCAGUGAUAAAACCAUUAACGUGUUUGAUAUCCAAAAUCCACAAGAACCUGCAUACUCAUUAAUCGGUCAUUCAGACAACGUUUGUGCUUUGGAUGUUACCCCUUCAGGUUUCAUUGUAUCUGGUUCUUGGGAUAAAACAGCUAAAAUAUGGAAAAAUUGGCAGGAAUCAUACACUUUAGAAGGACAUUCGCAAGCCGUUUGGGCUGUAUUGACUGUAGAUGACGAGCGUAUAUUAACUGGGUCUGCCGAUAAAUCGAUUAUAAAAUGGCAAAAUGGUAAACGUAUACAAACAUUGAACGGGCAUACUGAUUGUGUUAGAGCAUUAGCUUUGUUACCAAACAUGAGUUUC